CGGGCAGGAUGCAGCCACUCCUGCUCCUAUUGGCCUUGAUCCUACUCCCUGGGGCCAAGGCGGGGAAGAUCAUUGGAGGACAAGAGGCCAGGCCCCACUCCCACCCCUAUAUGGCAUAUCUUCAGGUGGGGAGUCCAGAAGAUCUGACCAGUUGUGGGGGAUUCCUUGUACGAGAAGACUUUGUGAUGACAGCAGCUCAUUGCUGGGGAAGUGUUAUAAACGUCACACUGGGGGCCCACAACAUCCGGAGGCUGGAAAGGACCCAGCAGAGGAUCUCUGUGCUCAGAGCCAUCCCCCAUCCUGGAUAUGACCAGCAAACCUUCCUGAAUGAUAUCAUGUUACUGCAGCUGAGGAACAGAAUCAGGCGGAAUAGAGUUGUGAGGCCAGUGGCUCUGCCUAACGCUGGGGAGAAGCUGAGGCCUGGAGCCUUGUGCACAGUGGCUGGCUGGGGCCGGGUCAGCCUGGACAGGAGGACAGACAGACUGCAGGAAGCACAGCUAAGAGUGCAGAGUGAUCGGAAGUGCAGUCGUCGCUUCAGCACAUACAGCAGCCAGACUGAAAUUUGUGUUGGGGACCCUAGACAAAGGAAGGUCGCCUUCAAGCAUCUGGAGGAAUGGGAGGAAGACCUACACACAGCAUAUACAUAUGCAGCAUCUUCCUGGAGAAGGGGGAUUCUGGUGGCCCCUUGGUGUGUAACAAUAAAGCUCAAGGCAUUGUCUCCUAUGGAGACAGCAAAGGAACUCCUCCGGAAGUCUUCACCAGGAUCUUAAGCUAUAUGUCCUGGGUAAAGAGAACAAUGAGACGCUUCAAAUAGCAGGAUCAGAGAACUCCCAAAGCCCAUGACUGACAGUAAAUUUCUGUGGGGUACAGAUCAGCUGCAAGAGAUUGCCAGAGCCUUAAUAAAUGUUCCAUCCA